AUGAUCGUGAACGUUUCUGAAUCGGAGCAAACACUGGAACUAGACUAUAAGAACGGUGACAUUGUGAGGUGGCUUGACUAUGAUCCAAAGUACCUUGAACCUAAUGCGGGUCCGCUGCCUGUGGAUACAUUUCUGGAGUGUGAAACGUUGUCUGGCAAGAACGUCAUAGUGCACAGUGAGAACGCGCGCCUCAUCACUUCUAAAAUUGAGAUGGCCAAAUUGCUUCAACGAAGACCACGGGCUAAGGUCGUUACGACCUCCUUCUGCAGUACCCCCGAAGAACUCUCUGUUGAGGCUGGCGAAACUAUCUACAUUCUAUACGAAUGCAACAGUACCGACUUCAUGGCAGUGAACAAGAGGUCUCAAUGUGGAAGGGUGCCAAAAAGACUGCUAAACUUUCAAGCUGCACCUCAGCUCACCUCUAACCGUUUUGAGAACUAA